GAAAAUGAAAAAUUGUGUCGACCCAAAACUGUGAGUCGGUUUUGGGUGGGGCUGCCCAGACCGUUCCGGAUCCUGGUGUAGCAAAGCAAAUUUAGGGCAGAGGUGUGGGAGUGAGUGUGGGGCGGUAUUUGCUUCUGCUUUUCCGUGAAGCAGGAGAGAGAGAGAGAGAGAGAGAGAGAGAGAGAGAGAUGGAUUCGUUUUCAAGUCCCUCCAGUGGAUCGUCAUCUUCAUCCCAACUCUCGACCGAGGACUUCAUGGACCAGCUCAAGACUCAGCUUGCCCAGGCUUACGCCGAGGAGUUUCUUGAGACGGUGAGGGGAAAGUGCUUUGAGAAGUGCAUCACAAAGCCGGGGUCAAGCCUGAGUGGAAGCGAGAGCAGUUGCAUAUCCAGGUGUGUGGAUCGCUACAUUGAAGCCACUGGAAUCAUUAGCAGAGCUCUUUUUAGUGCACCUCGCUAGAAGUUUCAAACAUUGGUACCAUGUUGAAGAUUGCCGAUGCUGCCAAAUUCCAGAGUGGAAAUGAGAAUUGACAGGACAGCGUAAUUGUUCCCCAUUUCUGAUAUUCAUCGAGGUUUAGUAAUCUUAAUUCAAGUAGAGUACCAUUCCAUUUUGAACCACCACCUGUUUCAAGUUUUAAAACCCCGGAAGAAUCAUGGUUAUAUUGUUUGUGUGCUUUAUGCUUUGAACUGCAUAUUGUGCAUCAGAAGAUUAAAUUUUGACUAAAAUUCCUGGUUCAUGAAA